AUGACCACCACCAUUCCAAUUGGAAAUACGAAGACACUGUCAGCACCCCAGAAAUCUCUAAAGAAGAAUGGUCACAGGAAUCAUUCCAUAAUUAUGUUCAUCUUAGUGGGUUUAACACAGCAGCCAGAACUCCAGCUGCCUCUCUUUCUCCUGUUCCUGGGAAUCUACAUGGUGACGGUAAUGGGUAACUUGGGCUUGAUCCUCCUGAUUGCAGUCAGACCUCUGCUGCACACCCCAAUGUAUUACUUCCUCAGCAUCUUGUCCUUCAUUGAUCUCUGCUAUUCCCCUGUCAUUACCCCCAAAAUGCUGGUGAACUUCCUAGGGAAGAAGAAGGUGAUCCUUUAUUCUGAGUGUAUGUCACAGCUUUUCUUUGUAGUCUUUGUGGAUGACGGAGGGUUACCUACUAUGAUGGCAUACAAUCGUUAUGUUGCCAUCUGCAACCCACUGCUUUAUAAUGUGAUCAUGUCCUCUCAGGUCUGUCCACUGCUUGUGUUGAUUGCCUUUAUCCUGGGCUUUCUCUGUGUGUCCCAUUCAAGUGCCAUGAUGAAACUGUCAUGUAGAUCCCACAUCAUCAGCCAUUACUUCUGUGAUGUCCUUCCUCUCCUAAACCUCUCCUGCUCCAAUACACAACUCAAUGAGCUUAGGCUCAUUGUCGUUAUUAACACCUUGGUGCCCACCCUCGCUGUCUUCAUUUCCUAUGCCUUCAUUUUACAAAUCCUUCGCGUCCAAUCCUCAGAAGGCUGGUCCAAAGUUCUUGGAACUUGCAGUUCUCAUCUCAUCUUCUUUGGGUUCAUUACAUUCAUGUAUUUCAAGCCUUCCAGUAAAUUCCUAAAACAGGAGAAGGUGUCCUCAGUGUUUCACACCACGGUGAUCCCCAUGCUGAACCCUUUAAUAUACAGUCUGAGGAACAAGGAUGUGAAGAAAGCAUUGAGGAAGGUUUUGGUGAGGAAAUGA